GUCUGUUAGGUAGAGGGUUACUGGGGAGAUUCAAGGAAAGAAUUUUUUUAAAUGAGUAAUGAAGAGACAAAUUGUCAUAGAAAAUAAAUAAAAGUAAAUGGAGAGAAGAGAAGGUGAGAGAUGAGAGAAGAGCACCCAUGACUCCAUGACUAACAUCAUGAUGAUACUGACCCUGUGGCUUGUGUGCUAUACAUCCAAUCACCCAUAACUAACAUCAUGAUGAUACUGACCCUGUGGCUUGUGUCCUAUACACCCCUUUGCAAGCCCCUGCUGGAGCAGUGAAGCAUGCACACCUCCCUUUGAUCAUUCACUCAGGACAGCUUAUUCUGUCUGGUUUAGAAGAUUAUUUGCUUUUCUUUGCAUUUUCCUCUUAGCACAUCAAGCCCCACAGUGUUUUAAAUGAAUUACACAAAUAGAUAUCUUGUCUGAAACAAGUCUUUCAAUGAUGAAUAUGAUAUAUUGUGGAAAAUAUCAACAUUUAUAAUCACAAACAGUAAGACUGUAACAGUACAGUAAAACUCCUAGUUCAGAUUGGCAAGAAAUGGAAAACAUUCGACCAUGGAACAACAUUAUAAAUCAUCAGUUAUUUUGUCCUCUCUGUGUGGAAAACAAGCCUGUACUAUCCAUUGAAGUUGUUUUCCUACUCACCUUCCAUCACUCCUUGACCCACAUAGCUCUCUGCUCUGGCUGUGGGGGAGAUAUAUGAGCCUGCACUGGGAUCUGCUAGAUCCCAGAGUAAAACCUAUCAUAUCAGAUGUAUAAAUAGCGAUCAGUUAGUGAAGAGUUCAAAAAGUGCCUCAGUUAUCAUAGACUAAGCACUGAGGAGUAAUACAGACCCAAACAACAGCACAAACAUCUAAGUCAUCUCAAACCAGACCAUCAUUUUGCAGCACGGAAUUAUCAUUUGGGAUUGCAGGUCUCUGAAGAUUGUGUGUUUCUGGAAGUGAAGUGAAGUGAAGUGAAGUGAAGUGAAGUGAAGACAUGGCUCUGGCUGCACCUUGCAAGAGGGUAAGUGAGGAGAGCGUAGAGGGGUGGGAACAAAGUGACAAUGAGGGGCCGAGUGAGGAGAGGGAGGGGGGAGUGGACCAAGGUGACGACACUAAACACAAAGAUACGGGGAAAGCAGAAGUAGUAGCAGGUGCUGCUUCGUCUUAUAAUGAUGAUGAUGAUGAUGAUGAUGACAAUGAUGAUGACGAUGGCGGAGAUGAUUAUUCUGAGGGAGGUGUGUAUGAGAAGACAAGCCAUUCUAAAACACUUCAUGCUGUGGACGAGGCAGGUGUUGAUGAGAUAACAGGGUGUGAAGAAGAUGGAGGGCUCGCUGUACCCGAGGGAGACACAGAAGAGAAUGAACAUGAGGAUGAGAGCCAAGAGGAAGAUGAAGAGGUAUUAGGCCACUAUGAAGAUGAAGAUGAGAAGUACCACGAAGAGGAUGACGAUGACACCAAGACAUUAGUCCACCGUUCCACUUACCCAACAGAAGUGUUUCAGACACUGGAUUAUUUUAGGCACUCCUCCCUGCUCACUGACCUGACUCUAAGCACUCAGAAUGGGCAGAGUCUCCGUGCCCACUCCAUUGUCAUCGCUGCCGUAAGCUCCCUCAUCCAGCAGAAGCUGUGGACGCAGGGGAAAUGGAGCCCAGCAGACAUCCACGUGUGUUUGGGCCCUGAGGUGACCACUCUGGGUCUUGCAGCGGUGCUAGAGUUUGCCUACACAGGAAACAUACCUACUCUUAACAGAGAUUCAGUCGCCCCUAUACGGACUGCAGCUCUUGCACUGGGUGUACAAAGAGUUUUGGGUCUCUGCAAGCUGAAGGAAAAGGAGAAGAAGAAGGUUAAAGAGACUGAAAAGAAAGGAGAAGAGAAGACACAUUGCUCAUCUGCUUCAGAAGAGCUGCAGAUUACUCUGCAGGCCAUUAGGCAACUGUGGGUGGAGAAAGUUGGCUGUGAUAUCGUGCUGCAGGCUGAAAGGCUAGUAUUUCAUGCCCAUCGGGUGGUCCUCGCUGCCAGCAGUGACUACUUCCGUGCCAUGUUCACCAGCGGCAUGAGGGAGUCACGACAGCGUGCCGUGACAUUACAUUCCCUGGGAGACGAAGAGCUGGAGGCGUUCCUUCUUUGCUCCUACAGUGGAUCUCUGGUCCUCAGCUGGGGGUGGGUCUUUGAUCUUGUUUGUGCUGCCCUCCAGUUCCAGAUCCAGCCUGCCCUUUCCCUCUGCGUUGACUUCCUCCACCAGGAAAUAGACGCAGUCUCCUGCCUAGAUGUGGCAUCCUUUGCCAAAGCCUACAAGAUGGGGGAGUUACUCCAUUUUGCUGAUGACUUUGUCCUCAGGCACUUUCAGGAUGUGUCCACAACCCCCAAAUUCCAGGACCUGCCCAGAGACAAGCUGCUUAAAUUCCUGCAGAGUAACAUUCUGUGUGUGCCCUCUGAGGUUGUUGUCUUGCGGGCCGUCUUGUCCUGGAUUGGUGCCAACCCUAGACCGAGAGUGAGACGGGCCAAGGAACUGAUCGACACAAUCAAAUUUCCUCUGUUGACCAUCAAGGAAUUCUGUGAAGCAAAGACCAAUACCAAGCAGCCCCAAGAAAGCAUGAAAAAGCUAUACAAGACCAUACUGGAGGAAUUUUGUUCAGACAACGUGGAUGAUGAACCUCAAUUCAGGGACUACUUGCCCAAGGACAACCUGGUACUGGUGGGAGGGGAUAUAAUAAUUCCCGACAUAGGCCACCGCAGACCCAGCCAAGAGUUGUGGUUCAGCAACUCCCUCCGCAACUACGCACACAUCAUCAAAACAGUGGAGUGGAGGGUUCUCGGAGAGCUGCCAGAGCAACCGAGGUUUCGUCAUGAAGUCGCUGUUUUGGAAGACAAGCUGUAUGUGAGUGGUGGCCGGCAUUACUAUGGCACAGAUGAUGUCAUGAAAUCCAUGUUCAGGUAUGAUCCUGUGGAUAACAGCUGGCAAAGACUUGCUGACAUGCAGACGGAGAGGAAUCAGUUCACUAUGGUGGUGAGAGAAGGAAGGAUUUACGCCAUCGGGGGUGAAAGAAAAGAUCAAAUCAGUGUGGACAGUGUGGAACAAUACUGUCCCAACACAGACUCCUGGAGUUUUGUCUGCCCGCUGGACCAGUCCAUGAACAGCCAUGCUGCUUCUGUGUGUGGAGGAGAGAUCUACGUCUCAGGAGGCCUGAACUGCGUCUACCAGUGCUUGGUGUCCAUGUUUUUAUACCAUCCCGAGAGAGGAACCACCUACCUGGCAGACAUGCCCUACAAUCGGGCGGGGCACCGUAUGGAGUGUGUGGUUGAUCACUUGUAUGUAGUUGGUGGACUGUCAGACAGUGGUAGCAGCAAUUUUUUCAACCAGCUGUCUUGCCAUAUGUACAGUCCCAAGUCUGACUUCUGGUGCAGCAUUUGCCCCGUCUCCACGCCACGUGUUGGGGCGGCCUCAGCCGUUCUGGAGGACAAGAUCUACAUCCUGGGGGGCUACUGCGCGGUGGACUACAGCGAGUGCAAGAUGGUUAUUCGGUACAACCCUGCCACUGACUGCUGGGAGAAUAUGGGUUACAUGCCGGGCUCCAUAACUGAUAUCCGUGCCUGCUUGCUCUAUCCAAUUGAGCGAAGAGGCAUUUUUUUCCUAGUUCGGUUGAAACACGCCCCAUAAUCACAGCCCAAUGGAGCAGUAUCAGACUCAUAUUCUGACUAGAAUUAUGAGUAUGACAUCGUCAGGCUAGUAGAAACCUUUAUUCAUAUAAAAUAUUUCUAUUAUAACAGACUCCCGAGACUCCGCCAUCUUUUUCUGAUUACUCC